AUGAUUGCGGAAAGAAGACUCAAGGGAACAAUUAAGAUUCUUCAAGCAAAGAAUUUGCUAGAGAGCUAUGAAGAUGUCUUCCACGAAUGGCUGAAAGAAGAAAUAAUAGAACCUGUGGAUAUUACAAGAUUAGAUGAUCUUCUUUGCACGUACUUACCUCAUCGGACCGUGAUCAAAGAGAAUUCAACAACAAAGAUUCGACCGGUCUUUGAUGCUUCAGCCAAACAGAAGAAUGAAUUAUCUCUGAACAGCUGUCUUGAAAAAGGACCUAAUUUAGUGGAACUGAUUCCGAGCAUUUUGAAUAGAUUCCGACUUGGAGCGUUUGGCAUAAUCGCUGAUAUCAAGAAAGCAUUCCUCCAGAUAAGUAUUAGCGACAAGGACAGAGAAUAUCUAAGAUUUUUAUGGUUUGAAAGCGGAGAUCCUGAUAAAUUGAAGAUUUAUCGCCAUAAACGUGUGGUAUUUGGAAUAAACGCAAGUCCUUUUCUCCUUGGCGCGACUAUUUUGUACCAUCUAGAUCAUGUUCCUGAACAUCUUCAAGGGGUAGCGAAAAAACUGAAGACUUCUAUGUAUGUUGACAAUUGUGUCACAAGUUUAGAUUCCAUAGAAGAAGUAGAAGCCUUUAUUGAACACUCAAAGGAAAUAAUGAUGAGUGCUAAAUUUGAUUUGAGGGAAUGGAGAUUUAAUAAGGACAAAUCCACCUUCCACCGAACUGGCGAAAAAUCCCCUGCGCAUGAAGAAAACGUCUCAGUGUUGGGACUUGAAUGGAACCCAGAAGAUGACACAUUAAGAUGCGCUUAUAAAAAAGAUGUUUUUGAGGCAAUUCCAUUAACUAAAAGAUCAAUAUUGUCACCAGCAAAUCAACUGUUUGACCCUCUUGGAAUACUGAGUCCUGUGACUGUAAGAUUUAAAAUUUUGAUGCAAGACUGUUGGAGAGCUAAAUUGUCUUGGGAUGCUGAACUGUCUGAUGAACUUGUCAAAAAGUUUUUGAAACUGAAAAGAGAUUUAACUUAUGUUGAUAAUUUAACGAUCCCUAGAAGACUGGUAAUAAAUCUUAAAGAAAGAAACAAUCUAUCAUUCCACGUUUUCUGUGACGCCUCUCAGUUAGCGUAUGCAACCUGCAUAUAUUUGAGAUGCGAAAAUGAAGAGGGGGUUUCCUGUCAACUCAUACAGUCACGAUCCCAAGUAGCUCCUUUGAAACCUGUAACAGUUUCCAGAUUGGAAUUGCUCGUGUGUACUAUAGGAAUACGCCUCAUGACAACAAUCAAACGAGAUUUACACAUGGAAGAUGUAACUACAUUUUAUUGGACGGAUUCAAUGAAUACUUUACAUUGGAUUAGAAAUGAAGAAGAUUGA